CCUCUGCAAGAUGAAGGUGUUCGUGCUUCUAGUGAUGGUGGCGGCUGCCCUCGCCGAUACCGGCGGCGGCUACGGCAGCCACCACGGCGGCGGCUACGGCGGCCACCACGGCGGCGGCUACGGCGGCCACCAUGCCAAGGGUCAUAGCUACAAGCCCUCGUACUCAAUUGUGCCUAAGAUCCGAUACCUGCCGAUCUGGCUUCCCAAGCUCAAGUUCUUCACCAAGACGGUGGUACUGCCGAUCCCGAAGCCAAAGCCCGUGGUGGUGCCGAUCAAGGUGGCAAAGCCGUACCCCGUGCCGAAGCCGUACCCGGUGCCAAAGCCCAUCCGUAUACCCGUGCCCGUGCACUACGAGGUGCCUGUGUUCAAGCAGAAGGGCUACGGCGGGCACAAGGGCCACGGCGGGCACAAGGGCCACGGCGGGCAUACUAAGGGCCACGGCGGGCAUGGGGGAUAUAGCCAGCCGGAGAGCUACGGCGCGCCGGAGAGCUACGGCCAACCGAAGGGAUACAGCCAGCCAGAGAGCUUCGGCGAGCAGGAGAGCUACGGCCAGCAGGAGAGCUACGACGAGCCGGAGAGCUACGGCGAGUCGGAGGGCUACAGCGGGCAGGACGGCUACGGCAGUGGCGGACAUCAAGAGACCCACCAGUCCUCCUACACCAGCUACUGAGCCGACAGUCGCCCGCCAUCGCACAGCGCAGCAGUCCGCGGUCCGGGCGCCCGCCUCCUCGUGCGCCGGCCGAGCCUCCGAGGGCGGUCUGCACGCAAUCCUCGCAGUGAGGACGAGCGGAUC